AUGCCGCGGGUUCGGCUACGCACCUCUGAAUCAUUAUCAAGAUCCAAUAAUGUGUUUGCGAGAUUUUUAAAUUGGAUGACAGGAGGAGAACAUUGGACUCAUCAUCAUGCUUCUGUAUUCGUUUUAACUUUUUUCAGCUUUGCUUUUAUCCAUGCUACUCGCAAAACUUUAUCGACUGUUAAGCCUUCUAUGAUAGCCAUAUGGACACAAAAUACAACAGCUUCUGGCCCCCUGUUUCCUUCUGCGCAAGCGGCUUCUGAAUUCUUGGCAUAUCUGGAUGGAGGAUUUCUAUUCGCAUAUUCAAUCGGAUUGUUUGUGGGUGGAAUGCUAGGAGAUCGAUAUGAUCCUCGUUCAGUUUUGUCUAUUGGGAUGUGGCUAUCAGCUAUUGCCACGUUUUUGUUCGGAUAUGUAACAGAAAUUUUCGGUGUUUAUUCUAAAAUAAUAUAUUCAGUACUUUGGAUAGCGUCAGGAAUUUUCCAAUCAGUUGCUUGGCCAACAGAGGUCUGUAUCAUGGGUAAUUGGUUCGGACAUCAUUCCAGAGGAACUGUGAUGGGUAUAUGGUCGGCUUGCGCAAGUGCAGGAAAUAUCAUCGGAACUCUUAUUUCGAGUCAAAUGGUGCUUAUAGGUUAUGAGUACGCCUUUGCCGCAAACUCACUCAUCUUGUUUGUCUUCGCAUUUUUGGUUUAUUGGAACCUAGCCUCAGCUCCUCGUGAUGUUGGAUUACCUGAUACAGCAGAGUUUCCCGAUGAAAUGAAUCGAGUAAUUGAAGUUCGCUCGGAUGAUCCUACGGCUCGUCCUUCACCGAUUGGUUUUCAACGAGCUUGCUGCCUACCGGGAGUUCUUCCAUAUUCACUGGCAUAUGCCUGUUUGAAAUUGGUCAAUUAUGGAUUUUUCUUCUGGUUGCCAUUCUAUCUUCAUAAUCGGUUUGGAUGGAAAGAGUCUGACGCGGAUGCUUUGUCUACCUGGUAUGAUGUUGGUGGAAUUUUCGCAGCAGUCUUAGCUGGAGCAGUUUCUGAUCACUUUUCUUCUAGAACACCUCUAGUUGUGUCCAUGUUAUCGCUCUCCACGUUCGCACUCUAUGCAGUAUCUAACUCGCCUCCUACCUUCUUCGCGAAUGCUGUUCUUCUUGCGGUCGCAGGAUUCUUCAUUGGUGGCCCUGCCAACAUGAUCUCCUCUUCCGUAUCUGCAGAUUUGGGGAGAGCAAGGGAACUACGAGGAAACGCAGAGGCAUUAGCAACAGUUACUGGUAUAGUUGACGGUACUGGAAGUUUGGGAGCUUCGCUCGGUCAACUUGUGAUCCCUCCUAUUCAACAGUGGUAUGGAUGGAACACAAUAUUUUACUGUUUUAUCGUUAUGAUUGUUGCUACCUGCCUUUUCUUGACGCCUCUCCUGAUUAAAGAAUGUUUGAAAAGGAGACAAAUGCAUUACUCGAAUCUCAGUUCUGAAGAGGAUGAAGAAGCAGAAGGAUUACUACAGGACGAGGAGCAGAAUGUUCGUAGACGUGUUUUACCUGAUAUCGAUAGCGAUUGA